AUGCCUCUCCCCAACGAACCUGUCAAAGUCACCGGUGGCUGCUCCUGUGGCGCCAUCCGCUAUCGUAUUGACGUCCCUGCACUGGAAGACCGUCCAUUGAACCCUUUUGCCCCUCCAGCCAUGGGUAUUAAACUCCCAGGUGCCAUGACAUGCCACUGCAAUGACUGCCGUAGAUCAACUGGCUCGUUCCUUGCAGUUGGCAUAGCUGACAUCCCGGCGCCUAUGCUCACCGUCUCCGCCAUGGCACCCUCAUCGGAAUCAGACAUAGUCUCUGGUCGAAUCCUAGAUGUCCUUGCAGCUGAUUACGACGCUGCAAAAACAGAUGCGGAUCGUCCUCCAUACAUCCCAGCCAUGGAAGCCCUCCGCGCAACAGGCGAGACCAAAACUUGGCUGCGCUUCUUCCACUCCAUCAAAUGCAGCUCCGACGUAUCCCGCAGCUUCUGUGGCCGUUGCGGAACCCAGCUGUGCUACCACUUCAAACUGGAGCCUGAAUUUUGCGCUGAUGGAAAAUUGCCUGAUGGAUGGCGGGACACUUUUCAUUUGUACCUUGGAACACUGGAUCGCAAGUUUCUCGAGAAGGACUGGUUUAAUCCUAGUAGUGAGGGAAUGUUCAAGUAUGGAACACCUCUGAGUCAGUGUGUUUCUGCGACGGCCAAGGGAUUGAAGGACUUGCCUAAGAUGCAGGAAUUUGAUGGCCAGGUUACUGAGGAAGAGUUGGCAACAUUGAGUUCUUAUUAG